AUGAGAACUCGAUCAGCACCAGCGUCGAAAUCUGCAAAGACCUCGGAACCGGAAGAGAAGACUAAGACCCUCGUCGCGGCAGAGAAACCAAGCAAAACGUUCAUCCUACCAUCUUCCGCCAGCGACAAUGCGCGACUUGUCUCCCUGCCCGAUCCUCAGUCGGGAGAGCUAACCCGCUACUUCUUCUGCCCGGACCGCGGUGUAUAUGAGUUUACGGUUAUCGCGCCGCCGGCGCACAUGGCGCGGAGUAUUCUGUUCACCCCUCGCGGUCGCGCAACACCGAGUCCCACGGAAGAGGACAAGGAAACACCUGCAGCUCCGGUGCAGGGCUCAAUAACGAAGAAGGCUGAACUAUUGGUGGCAACUCCGGUUGAUGUGAUGUUUCUCAUGAUUUCAUUAUUGGCUCCUUCCUCGAAAUCCGGGCCUUCACUUUUCCAGCCAUUGGACGAUAUCAUCGAUUCACAUGAUGAUAUGCCCAAGCACCUGCGCCAAAUUCUUUAUGAUGAGGUAUUCCGGACCCAUCUCCUAUCCCGCGUAGAGGCUGUCUGCGAUGUGGUCGAGGCCGGUGAUGAGAAGAUGUUCCGGUUCAGUGAGACAAAGCUUGUGAAGGAAAUGAUCGCGAAGGCAGAACGCACGGCGGACCGGGGCCUUCCUGCAAGUCUGGAGGAGCGAUUUGUUCGUCAGGCGCUGGCCACCCCUUUGAUGGCGGUCAAGCGGGAUGAUGUUGUCACCGGCCAAGAGCCAUCAGAGCAGAGUGCGGAAACGGGGUCAAAAUCGGAGGAGACGCAGGAUUCACCCUCAAGUGUGGCUGCAACUGCGACUCCGUCUGUUGCGACACCUGCAGGAGAAUCAACACCUGUGCCACAGCCCCCGAGCGGAGAGUCACCAGCUUCAGAUCACAUUACUCGGCUACUCAGAAUUUCCACCGCGCUGUCCUUCAUUAAGGAGUCUUAUCUACCAACCAGCAUGGCAUCAAAGCUGGACGAUAUCCUCGCCUCUGCAGAGAGCCCAAUUGAUUUCAAGCCUUUGCAAGAUCGUCUCAAGGAAAUUGCGGACCUUCGUGCUCAAGCUCUUGCAUCGCGCGACAUGUCUAAUUUCACCCGGAAACGGAAUCUUGAUGACGAGGAAGAGGAUACACGGGCCGAGAAGAAACGCCGAAAGGAAGAAGAGGAGAAGAAAUCCAAAGCUUCGGAAUCCCACGCAGUUAGGAACUUGAAGAAGGUCAACACCAGCGGAAUGCAGAAGAUGAGUUCUUUCUUCGCCAAAGCUGCGCCCAAGAAAAAAACUUGA